AGCUUCUUUGAAUCCUCUCACAAUGUGACAGUUUGUCAAAAUUGUUCCUCAACCUCAAUGAAUCGUUAACUUUACCCUUGAUCGUUAAUUUUCAAGUAAUUUUUGUUUGCGCCACCUAAAAAUGACGUCGUACGUGCAGAAAAGAACCAGAAUGUUCAUGGAUCGUUCGCAAUGGCUGCGACCAGAGCGCCGAAGAUCUGAAUCGCGCCUGAAGACUUAUUCUUCCUCUACCGACAUUAGAAACUGGUGCGACGUUGUGGAAGAUCGGCGGCAGCACAUUUUGGAGCUGGUGGUUAAAGAACUGAACAAAUGCAGUGGAACGUUGGUGCCGUUGGAUGUUUUGGUGAGCAUGCUUCUAUCCAUGGGAACCGGCGAUCCCUCCAAGCUGAAAACCUGCCUGAAGCAGCUGUGGGACUUCAUCUUCGCCUUGCAACUGGGAGAAGAAGAUGAGAAGAAACUGAAGUUCAUGAUGCAAAGCAUGGACAGCGUGUGCAAAGAGAUGUCUCUUCAAUACUCCAAGAAAUUAAAUCUCCAGGUGGAGAGCGACGAAUGCGACCCAAAAUGUGUCGCAACCGCAAGACACUCUAGGGAAAAGGAGGAAAUUGAGCAGCUGGUGAAGGGCACUUUGCGCAGUCGGCCCACUAUCGAAACCAGAAUGUCCGGGCCCGGAAAAAUGGUCACAAGAAUCAAAGGACUGCAGCCAGGCUUUCAAGUGAUCGACGAUCCUUCGCAACCUACGCGCAUCACUAUCAAACCUUCCAGACGUCUCGAACCUGUCAAGUCAUCUUCAGAGGCUGUGCCGAAAGCACCCAGGGAACCUUCCCAUAAAAGCAUGUUGAAAUCGCUUGGUCCACCAAACAGUGGCGGAGAAAUUACUCCUGAUAAAUUAGCAGCAACUGAAGCCCUGUGCAAGGAGCAAAGAGAUAAAAUCGAGUCCUUAACAAAGGAGAGGGACGAUCUGAAGACGAAACUGGACGCGUGCUUGAAGGAGCUGGAUAACUUCAAGAAACUGCAAACCGUGGCAAAUCCAACUCUGCCCGCCUCCUGCCAGCAGGAAAUUGAGGCACUGGAGGCGGAAAUAAAUAUCAUGCGCAGCGGCAACCCGUCGCCUGAAGAAGAGGCGGAAAUCAUCAAAAAGGAGGUGAAAAUAUUGAAGAAAUACUGCAGCAAACUGAGGGAGGUGGAAAGUGAGAACGAGAAACUCAAAGUGGAACUGGGAAGCCGAGUGGCGAUAAAAGACAGCGAACCGGGCAUGGACAAGGACAAGGUGGAGACUCUGAAGGACAAGCUGAAGAACUGGGAGGAGCUGACCAAAGAGCGCGACUCCUUGGCCAAUCGGGUGCAUGUCCUGGAGAAGCAACUGCAGCAAUACCAGGACCUCCCGGAGGACGUGGAGCUGUUGAGGAACAAGUCGGAUAUGUUGGACAGUGUGAUGGAAGAGCGCGAUGGCUUGAGCCAGAAAGUGAAGAUGAUGAAGAGCAUGGAGGAGGACAUGCAGAAGCUGCGCGCCAAAGCUGACAGGGUAGACCAGCUGGAGCGGGAGCUCAAAAAUAUGUCCAAAGGGGACCGCAGUUCAGGUUUUGAGCUGAAGAAGACCAGGUCCAAAGCAGAGAACCUGGGGGUGGAACUGCAGAACAUGCGCUGUGAAAGAGAUGCAAUGAAGAAGCGAAUUGAAAGCAUGAAGAAAGAGAUUGAUAGCCAAAAGGCCAAGGUGACCGAAGCGGAAAUGUUGCGACUGGAACGCGAUCGCCUGCAGAUCAAACUCAACGAACUCUCAGACGUCCAGGCCCAGUACGAAGAUAUGAUCAACAAAAUGAAGAUAUUCGACAACCUGAAAGCGGAGCGCGACAUGUACAAGCAGAAGUACGAAGAAGUGCUAGAUAUGGAGUGCAAAUGCGACAUGCUGAGGACACAAGUCGAUGAAGCCAGAACUGUGAGCCGAGAGAGGGACCAUUUGCAGAAGCAGGUGGAGGACCUGGAGGCCUGCAUCUGCGAGCAGGAGGACGAGAUUAAGAGCCUGGUGCUGCAAGUGGAUAACUUAUCCAGGACCAAAAACGACACCAAUAACCGCAUCAACACCUACAAGGAAGAACUCAAUAGAAAAGACCGGAUGCUGGCCGCCUCCCAAGAGCAGCUGAUCCAGUCGCAAACCAUCAACUCGCGUAUUCGCGAGCUGGAAAAGCUCCUCCACAACGCCGAGCACACGAUUAUCCAGAAGGACUGUCACAUCAAAUGCCUGGAGAACCAGAUGGGGUGCAAAGUCGGUUCGAUAACCGCCAGCAAGGCGGCAAACAAACGCGAAAUAGACGCAGUGGACCUGAUGAGGAAAGAGCUGGAAGCCGCCAAGGCCGAAAACAGAAGACUGCAGGAAGUAGCCACUAAGAUGCUGUCGAUCAGCGGCGAUGAUCACGUGAAGAAGAUGCUGAAGCAAUCGGAGUGUGCGGUGAAGAAAGUGGUGCAGGAGAUUGGGAAACAGUACAAGGAGUGGGAUCAGAUCAAGCGCAAGGACAAGGGGAAGUUUGGAAGCAACAGGCAGGAUUGCGUGUGUCAUAGUCCAGGUGGAGAGAUAUCCAGUGGAGAUGAUUGUGAGAAGCUGCGCGAAGAACUGGAGGAGCUGCAGAAGGAGAAACGAAAGCUGGAAUCAACCGUUAAACAACUGCAGGGUGAAAGCGGCUCUAAAGUAUGUCCUGGCGGUUGUAAAUCUUAGCACGUACCGACAAAAUGUCUAGUCUAAGACAGUCUUUGGAUUGUACAAUACAGUUUUUUAACAAUA